AUGGUUUUCAAUUCGUUAACUGAUGCUCCUCGCAACCUCAAGGAGGGUAUUGACUGGUUGAUGGCGCUGAGGGGAACUGAUGCUGAAAAGAAUUUGGCUUCUAUGGGUGCUGCACUUUACGACUUCCUCGUAGACAAGCCUGUUGGAUUCACGGAGGUGUCAGCUCUCGAGAAUGUUAAAACUAUUUCUAAAGAGUUUCUGGAGAGACCAGAGCUUAGGGAAAUGUGGCCCGCAAGCGAGCUGUUGGGGAGGUUCAAUAACCCUGUGAAGACACAAAAUAUCGACCACCUGAAGUACCCGUUUCCUAUAAACGACAGCGAUUAUGCGAACAUCGUACGGGCUAGGAGUGCCGUACCUGAAAAGAUCGCAAAGGACUUAGGUAAAAUUGUUGAUGGUUGUGAGACCUUUUUGGAUGAUAUCGUACUCCCUGAGCAGUAUGUUUCUGCUUAUUCUCCAGAAGCUACGUGGGAUGCGUCAUGCGCAAAGGACCCAAGAGCCUGCGCAGCCAUUUUCGUAGGAGUUGCACCAAUGUUAUACGCGGGGCUAUAUUAUUUGAGGAGGACGAGCAAUCCCGCAAAUUUGAAAAGGGAACUGUCUAAAGAGGGCAAGCGUCCGCGAGAGUUUUUGAAAGCCGUUGGUUACAAGGAGCUGGAAUGCCACGCUGGAAUGACUGGCUCAGAUAUCCGCAACGCGUUGAGGGGUUUGAGCCUGCCAAUUUUGGACACAAUCUAUGACUUCGCUGGAUUCUGGGCUUUCUACUGA